UCCCAGUUUCUCAACCUUCACAAAUCUUCAGAUUGAUAAUCUCUUGCGAACCCUAAUGCCGAAUCUUUUGAUUUCCCUUGUUUCUGCUUGAGAUCGAUCCCAGCUAUCCUCACAAGAGUUUCUCAUUCAUUGUAAUUUUUUUUUUUUUUUUUUUUUUUUUGCUGGGAUUUGAAUGAGAAAUUGUAGCAAGGGUCAGUUUCCCGAUCUGUGUAUGAUUCAUAGGAAGGGGAAACAGAAAGUGAAUCUUGUCUGAGAUUGUGGUGUUGCAGAGGUUUUAUGCUGAAAUUUUGGUAUUUGGGGGAUUUGAUCAGAGUGGGGGGAUCAAGAGUGGGAUUAGGCUUAGAGGGUUUGCGAAAAUGUCAAAUCUAUAUGGAGGGGAUUUUAGUCAGAAGAUUGAUUAUGUGUUUAAGGUUGUGUUGAUUGGAGAUUCUGCGGUUGGGAAAUCCCAGUUGCUGGCUAGGUUUGCUAGGAAUGAGUUCACUUUGGAAUCAAAGGCCACAAUUGGGGUUGAGUUUCAGACCAAGACUCUUAUCAUUGAUCAAAAGACUGUCAAGGCACAGAUUUGGGAUACUGCUGGUCAAGAAAGGUAUCGUGCAGUGACAAGUGCUUAUUAUCGAGGCGCAGUUGGUGCAAUGUUGGUUUAUGAUAUGUCAAAACGUCAAUCUUUUGAUCACAUUGCCAGGUGGCUUGAGGAACUACGAGGGCAUGCUGAUAAAAACAUUGUUAUAAUGCUUAUCGGCAACAAAUGUGAUUUGGGGACUCUUCGAGCGGUUCCAACAGAGGAUGCUCAAGAGUUUGCUGAGAGAGAGAAUCUAUACUUCAUGGAGACAUCGGCGCUUGAAGCAACAAAUGUUGAGAGCGCAUUCAUGACUAUUCUGACAGAAAUAUAUCGGAUUGUAAGUAAGAAGACGUUAGCUGCCGACGGUUCUGACUUUAAAACGGCAUCUCUUAAGGGUACUGCUAUCAUUCUUCCUAGUCGGGAAGCAGAUACCUCUUCAAAGUCUGGUUGUUGCAUGUAGCUAUGCAAUUUCCCAACGACUCUUUUGUUCUCCCCGUUUCGCCUUAACAGUUAAUGUAUACACCUUUUUGUUUAGAGUAGUCUUCUUUUUCUGGUGAGAAUGCUUUAGAUGAUUGCAUUUUUAGAGUGAAAUGUGAAUCAGUCAGAUGAUUCUUACACUCCUUCUGGGGUAAUACCAAGUAGCAAACCGUAGUCUUCCAGUUGCUCUUGGUGAGCAUGUAAAAUUUUAUUAGAUUGUUGGUGUUCGAUGAAGACCCUUUUGGCUUUCUUCUCCUUGUUUAGCUAUGGAGGUGAUGGAGGUAUUUGUUUUGAAUAAAAAGAUAUUGAUUCUUACAUCAUAAUAGGGUAUGUUCAUAUGAAUUUU